GGAACCUUCAUUGGCCGACUUGUCUGUUUAUUGGCCGCCGUCCUACGGCGCAUGUAAUUAUCGGUGUAACAGUCGAAUGCGAGGGCUCGGACUCCAAAGAUUCAAUGAGACAUUAGAGAGGUCGGAACAAACAGCUUUUCCUGGCGUAUAAAGGUCUGCGAUACGUUUUGAUCCAGCGAGAAUAGUCUGGUCGCUAGAUCCAACCCUCGCGCCUGCCAGACUACCUUCUGUCCUUGCGAUCGCUGCCGACCCCGAAAAUGCUCGCAAACUUCAUCUCCUCAUCUGCCCUCGCGGUGUGCCUGCUGUGCGGCCCGGCGCUCGCUCAGGGACCCGUGGUCAACCUAGCGCUGCACCCAGACCCGGUGUUCCGGCCGACGCCCGGCCCGCUGAACGGCAAGAUCCUGGGCCUGGACGCGACGGCGGCCACUUACGUGCUGUCAAAGGGCGCUGACGCCACCCAGGGCGGGUUCGGGGCCAGCUUCUGGCACGGCCUCACUGUCACCGUGAUCCGCACGUCCACCGUCCGGUACCGCCAGGACUUGACGACGACCAGCACCAACGUCAUCAGCCCCGGCUGGACCGUCUAUGCGAUUUCCACAUUGUGGGCCGACGCCAGCUGCACCGGGACCGUCUGCACGGGCUCCAACGGCGUCAGACAGACCCAAAUCUCCAUCAGCGGCGGCCAGACCUUUACCGUGCCCAACUUUCCCGUUGCCCAGCCCUUUAUGAGCAGCAUGCAGCCCACGAACGUCCCGGUCACCAUCACCGCCAUCAAGGGGUCGGAAGCGGGUCGGCGCGACGUCCAGGGCCGCGACGGCGUUAACGUCGUCGCUCCGAGGGUGACGGCAAGCCCCUGGAUCGCUUGAGUAAGACCAUUUGGUGGGUCAGAGAUGGGAGUUGAAGAUCACAUUGACGCACGUAAGGGGACUACGUUGGGUUGGUGUGGUCAUGGUACGAAAAUUACGGCACAAAGAAAUAUAUACACUAAGGGUCAUGUACAAAUCAUAUCUCUUGACAACCGGGAACAGGAGCAAACCUGCCACAGUCAGCUACA